UUGUAUGUUAAACAAAGAAUAUGCAAAAUAAAUGAGAUUUAUAUAGAGAGAAUAAAUUAUUAUAUUUUAAUCAUUUUCAUAAAAAAAAACAGAUUUUAAUUUCUGAUAGGCCACGCCGACCAAACUACUGUCUGCCACUAGUGAGUAAGCCAACUAUGCUUAUUUAUCCUAUGUAUAUGCACGUAUUUGUGUAUAUAUAUCACUGAAUUCAAUAAAAAGACUAAGUUAAGUAUGGGUUUCAAGUGUGUAGUAUCUACUUGUGGAAAGUCCCGCAAACAUGCACUUUUGCAUCGGUUUCCUCUUUAUGUAAAUGUUAGAGAAGAAUGGUUUCGUAGAAUUGGUGACCCAAAACUGUUGGCAAUGAGCCAUAAACAAAUUGAUGCUAAACGACUCUGCACUGAACAUUUUAGUGAAACUUGUAGAUUUCCUGGGAGUUGGAUGGGGUCAAAUUUAAAAAUAGGAUCUUUACCAACGAUUAAUAUGCCUGGUUUCAAUGGUGAUCCUUUGGCAAAAGAAAAUUGCUUGAUGGAAGUUUCUUUUAAAUACACACGUAAUAAUGACAAAGAGUCCUGUGUAAAUCAGAAAUCAUCUCAACAUACAGAAUCUAUACCCGUACCUGCACCAGCACCUGCACCUAUUCCGCUAGCUGAACCGAGCGUUACAGUAGAAGGAGCAAAAUCUACUAUAGAAUUGCCAUUGCCCCUUAGAUUGACAGCUCCAACUACUACAAUGUCUUUCGAUAAGAGCAAAAUUCAAUAUCGGUGUUCCAAAUGCAAAUUAACAUUUAUUCUUAAAUCCCAACUUUUGAAACAUAUACAGCAAAUACAUAUCAACCAAAUUAAUAGAUCUAAAAAUAAACUAAAGUAUGGCUGCCGAAUAUGUAGUAAAAAAUUUGCAUACAGAGAAUCAGUGAGAUAUCACAUAUUAUCAGAACAUAAAGAAAAUUUGCAGCCGCUAUUUAAAACCAGUCAAGAUUCCAAUGAUUCAGUAAAUGAAAAACAAUCUGAAGGAAAGCAAAAUUUUGUUGAGAAUGCAUGUUUAUUGACUUCCUUUGAAUCCUCAAGAGUGAGAAAUUCAGAUUCUAGUUCUUCAUCACAUAACAUACAUUUAAAAAAAAUAGAAACACGAGAACUACCGAAUAUAGAAACAUUGUAUUCAAAUAUUUCAGGCAUAUUUCUGAACCAGCAAAAGGUACUUGUGUCAGAUCUUAUAGAAUUAUCAGAUGCUCUGCAAAAUUAUGAACUCAGUUCUGAUAAAGUAGAAAUUGUUUCUAGCAAAUUGAAAUCUAUUAUUACAUUUGUUAAGACAGGCAUUAAGAAUAAAUAA